UCAAAAGAGGACAUCGGCCAAUAGUAUCUGUCCAGCUCUAACUGACUACGACGCCUAUUGCGUACCGUGGCGGCGAAAUUUCCGCCAUGAGUUCGUCGGACGAUAGUCCAUGUGUAGUAAUUUGUGAUGAUAAAGAAUUUUCAUACUCGAUUCAUGUGCCACGCAAGUACGGAUGGGCUAUUGAGGACGGGCCAAAUAGUUCGCUAUGCGAUGUCAGCCUUGUGUUUGACGACGGUAGCGUAUCGGUGCACGGCGAUGUGUUUAUGCAUCUGAGCGCGUUCUUUCGAACGAUGCUUUCUGCUAAUUGGAUUGAAACGAAAACCCACCGGGUCCACUUUCCUGAGAUCAAGUACUGCCAUAUGAGAUCGCUCGUGGAUAUGAUCUACGCGAAAAGAUUUUUCAUCACGAAGCACAAUAUCGAGCCCAUUUUUCAUAUCGUUCAUCAGCUCCAGAUGGACCAAUUACUUGGCUACUAUUCAGACGUCCUAACUGAUAGUUUAAAUCAUACGAACGUUCUGGCUCUCUAUCAACUUGCGAAUAGAUACAGUUUGCUUGAUUUGCACGAGGAAUGUAUGCUAUACGUGUUAGAGAACUGCAAGGAACUGUUCGACAGGAGAGACUUCCUUGAGGAGAUUCCCUUCGAAUUCGUCAAAAAGAUCGUGGAACGCGACGAUAUAUUCGUCAAGAAUGAACUUGAUGUCCUUCUUAUCGUGCUCAGUUGGCUCAACGUCGACGCGCGCCGAGACGCUUACAAAAUCGCUCUCUUUGAAAGAGUCCGUUUCCCACAUCUAAAUAGAAACUGUAAGCAGGUGCUAAAGAGCCUAACGCCAUUUCUUGUUGAUUCAGCUGUGUACACGAUGUUCUGCAAAGGUAAAAGAUGGCUUAACGACAUGCCGAUAUAUCAACUUAGAGCACGCAAGUUUCAACCGGUACAUCUGCAUUUCAUUCUUAAGGUGAACUACGUUAACUUCGGAAAGCCUAAUCGUGCAUACGCAAUUAUGCUCUAUUGCAAUAUACUUAACAAAGUUGUCCCACUUCACGAAUACGAUCACGGUAUAUCUAAUAGCUACAAUGCUACAUUUGGACCACACGAGUAUGGCGAGGGCUUUUCCGUCGUAGGUAGGUAUGCAUACCUCCAAGAACGUAUGAUCCUCCGGGGGCAUAGACGCGAACGCCUCCGUCUAACAAGAACAAACCUUCAGCCAAACAAAUUUGGCCGAAUACAAACUCAGAAUAUCCACUUUCCAGUAGCAGAUCAAAGCCUGUAUCAAAUUGGCAAGUUUCUUCCGCAUGGCAGAUUUCUCCAAAGGCUCCACGUUGUUGGACAGGCAAAUUCGCUUGGUGCCGAAGAUCUUCGAGAAAUACGCACUUCAUUUAAUUUCGAUCGCAUCAUUUAUGGGUUGGAAAAUAUUAGCGUACUAAAAUUCGAUGUCGUCAAGAAACGUCUAACCAUGGGACCAGCACUAAUGCAUACCGAAGAUGUAAAUAGAGAAGCGCUUAGCACAAGGGCAUGGCUCUUUGUUCUUCUUACAGAUCGGAUGUGUAAAUGGAUUUAUAGUGAAGAAUACUCCUUUGUAUUAAGCAGCGCACUUGAUGGUCUUAACGAGGUGAUCAAAAUUAACAACAAAGACGGGCGACUAAGUCGUGUUUCGUUCAAACCGGAGACACCCGGUCGACGUACUCUGCCUCGCGGGGUUCACGAUAUACUCCUCAUCAGAGACACGCUUUACAUAUACGAAUGUUUAGACGUUCUUAGGAAUGAUACUAACAAAGUUCAUAGACGAUUCCGUGCGAUGAACGCGCAGAGCGGACAGUUUACUGGUAUCAUGGUUGUCGAUGCUGAAAACGACGAUCCGACUGCGAAACUACUAUUUUCAAUCUGUGAAAUGGACUUUAAUAAACUGGAACUGAUCGAUAUACGAGGCAAACCUCAUAUUGUUGUAGUACCAAGAAGCUAUCAAUUGGGCACCCUUUGCUACUUUGGCGUGUUCCAGAUAAUUCGAGAGUUGGCCGAUAACGGUGAUAGCCUUAAACUAAAGAAGGUUCGUCUUGACAAACUUGAUAUAAACGAGUUUCGAAAAUUGCCAGAGGACUCUUGUGUCAAAAUAGAAACAAGCCAGAUUCCUGUGGAUUUCCAUCCGUGCGCUCACGCCACAUUUAUGCAUGAUCAACUACAUCGACUCAGUGAUUAUUAUCUCGAGGAACUCGAAGGCCUACGAAGGUUUGCUAUUUAAGAUGGACUUGAUUUUAUAGACUAUGAUAGGGAUACAUUUUCAGUCGGCCGAGUUUGGAUGCACUCAAGAUAAAAAAAAAUAUGUACGUUUUUCAAGUUUGCUGUCAUUAUCUUUCAUUGAUAAAUCGAUAAAAUAAUGCGUUGCAAAUAAGCCUGACUUAUUGAACGAGCUAAUAUAUAAUAUAAUAUAAUAUGUUGAUGGAAUAUGUACAACUUCUGCCAACAUAUUAAGAUGAAAUCUGCAUAUACAGUGCUUGUCAAUCGUUCCUCUCUGUAGCGUUAUGUAUCUACAUCUAGUCCAGCUUACCAUUUAUAAAUGACACAUGUAUCAGGCCGUCAAUAAAUGAGGCCUUCGAAAUAUAUGCUAUCUUAUAACGGCGGAAUACUUCUACUCAAACUUUAAAGUCUGCAGCCAUUCACUCGAAUACUGUCAUCCGGGCUUUCAGCGGGCGAAUCAUAGCGGGCCAUAAAAGAUUAGAAAAUUCGAGUCGUUUACGAACUUGAAUUUUAACUAUAGCGGCGAACAUAUCG